AGAAAGACAGAGAGUCGUUGCAUGAUUUCCUGGUGUUGCGUCUUGAGGGCUAUACUGGCAGUUCUCGUCCCGACUGACUGCUGUCUGUGCUGUCCCCCUGUGCCAAAUCUGCAUGAUCCGCGUGUCCAGUUUCUUCACUUUGUUCGUCACUUUCUCUCGCAUGUUCUUCUGAGGUGCAUCAUUUUCUUUUACACAAUGUUGUUGUUGUCUUGUAAAAGUUAGGUUUUGUUUACUUGUUGUGAUUAACUUAUCAGUGUUUUACAUUUGUUGUCUUUUUUUAUGUGUGCCGUGUUUUCAUAAAAUGCAUGGGUGUAAAUAUCGACUUCUCUUCUUUUUUUGUUUCUCUCCUUCCCGUUCUUCUUUUGCAUGGCCUCAGUCUGCAUGCCUCUGUCGCCGUCGGACUUGGAGAUUGACUGUGAUCUGCUCUUGGUUUCCAAAGCCUACAAUCUUGGCCAAGAGGAGACAGACUGGUUUGAGAAGCCCAGGGACCUGCGCUCCGGCUCCCGUCACUACGGCAGUGGAGGCCACUCCUCGUCCGGCCGCAGCCGCCACGUCAAGCACACCUACCAUGACUACGACGAGCCCCCAGAGGAGGACCUGUGGCCCCAGGACGAGUAUGGCCAAGCCCGUCACUCCUCCUCCUCGCGGGACCACCGCCCCCAUGGCAGCAGCAGCUCCGGGAGACACUCCUCUACGUCCCGCCACUCGGACGAGCCUCGCUCCUCUCGCUCCUCCAAGGGCCAUCCCAAAGACCCGUCCAUGCGCCACGACUCCCGCCAGUUGUCCUCGUCGGGAAAGAGGGGCGACUCCCGCUCCCAGGGGGGGUAUCACUCGUCAGACUACUCCAGGGACCCGUCGGGCCACCACCACAGCCAGGGCCGCUCCUCCAAGUCCUCGUCCUCUCACGAUGGGCGGACUUCCUCCAGGAAGCAGCAGGACCUCCAGGGACACCCUUCUUCUACCUCCAGGGGCCAGGGCAGCUCUGGACGUGGUCAGGGCUCCACCAGUGGGCCUCCAGGCUCCAGGGGACAGGGUCCUACCUCCCAGCAGGACGGGCUGCAGCCAGGUCAACGCACCCAGCUGCAGCAGCAGCCCCAGACCUCGGCGGCACGGCAGACAGGCACCAUCCCUACAGGCACCACUCCUGGGGGCCAGCAGCCUCUGGGCCCGGGCCAAGUCCAGCAGGGUCUACAGGCGAAGCCUGGUCAGCUUGGUCCUGGUCAGGCCAGUCGCCAGCCACAGGCAGGAGGCGCACUGGGGCAACUGCCAUCAACUGUGGCACCUGUCGCAAACACACCCCCUGUGACUGCCAUAGGGGCCAAAGCUGUCAUAGGAGGAGCGGCCCAGCCUGCAAAAACACCUCAACCCCCACUCACAGGAAUAGGCUCCAAGGCCGCCCCUAGACCCGGUGGCAUUGGGAGCGCGGCAGCGGGUCAACCUGGGAUGGAGGGGGAGAGUCUCCUCUCCAAGGUCCUACCAGGAAACCCUGCGGAGGCAGCAGGAAAACUAGGAGAAGCUAUCUCUGGUUUCGGCAAGAAGUUCACCUCGUUGUGGUGAGGUGUUGAGAUGAGGGUAUCUGUAAAUGUUAUGGAGGAUGUCGUGAGGCUUCGUACCAGAAAAACCCAGGAAGACCCCUGCUUUGUUUUACUGAGAGAGAGAGAGAGAGAGGGAGGGAGAAAUACAGCGACCAAGAGAAGAUAUCUGAGCGCACUGCCAAUGAGGACAGGAAUCAAUGGAUGCUGCAUGUCCCAGGUCUACGCACACAAUGGGAGAGAAACCAUGCUGAUUUCUCUGGCCGGCCAGACAAACGGUUUGAGGCCCCCAGACUGCAAUGCCCCCAGCCAAAGAGCAAGGACACUGACACCUGAGCCCCCCUGAACACCUAAGCCAUUGGAUCACAAGCCCUGAGGAUCCCUCCAGAGAGAGGCUAGCUGGAUAGAGACCCUGAUCCCUGCCACUAUCCGGGUCUUCAUCACCAGGAUGUCACUCCUAAAGGACCAUCACCUCCCAAACAGCCAUUAUCCUUUGGGGAAUGGGCUCUAUACUAAGGAAUACUCCACCCAGCUGCUCUGUAGGAGGAUGGGAAGGGGCCACAGUACUGUGACCCCGCAACACGCUAAUGAUGCUAUCCUCUAGUCUGUGGGCUGUUGUGCUGCUGCCUGCUGGGGUUCGUAACAGACGUGGCCGUGGUGGCAUGGUAGGAUCCUUGAUUCCGUAAACCUGUGCUCAGAUUAAAAAACACACAGACACACUCUCCUCUCAUCUCUGAAAAAGAAAAGAGAAGAACAGGUUUUUCUGGUACUAAAGACCUCCUGUUUAAUUUGGAUGCUGAUAAUUUAGGAAAGAAUAAGAAAAGACAAUAAGGAUGACUAGGUUGACAGAAGCUAGGAGGAAGUCUCCACAGUUUGCUCAGUUUUUUUCUCUACAUUCCAGAAUGGAAAAAGGCCCCGUUUUUUUAAUGCUGACUCGUUCGUUCCAUUUUUUCCCCUCUUGCGGCGUGUCUAAGAAGUGUAUUGUGGAUUUAGGAUUCGGAAAUGCAUGGACCUUUAUAUCCAAGACCUUACACUGUUCACCAUUUCAGUCACAGAGGCCAUAAGACAUUGGUUAAUAAUAAUAAUGAUAAAAAAUGAGAGUAAAAAUGUAUCCAAAAGAAGACGAGGAGGACACAACACUGAAUCUGGCCACAGGAUGGGAGAAUCAUCAUUCGGGAGGUUUCGAUUACACCAUGAGAGCCGAAUGUGGCCAGGUUUGUUUUUUAGCCAUUGCAAAGCCAUUAAUAAGAAAAAAACAUCCCCAGAACAUUUGGGUUCCUGGUGUUUCUGAACCUUCCCACAACGUUUGGGUUCCUGGUGUUUCUGAACCUUCCCACAACGUUUGGGUUCCUGGUGUUUCUGAAGCUUCCCACAACGUUUGGGUUCCUGGUGUUUCUGAACCUUCCCACAACGUUUGGGUUCCUGGUGUUUCUGAAGCUUCCCACAACGUUUGGGUUCCUGGUGUUUCUGAACAUUCCCACAACGUUUGGGUUCCUGGUGUUUCUGAACCUUCCCACAACGUUUGGGUUCCUGGUGGUUGUUUUUUUUACGACUCAGUUUUUUGUUCUCGUUCUGUAUUUACCUGAUUUUCUGUUACAUGACAGUGGAUUCGCCUUAAUCAUUCCAUUCUUUUUUAUUUAGAGUAAAGUUACAUCUUAUUUUUUUACUCCAUGUUCUAUCCAUAAAACUUAUUUUAAUUGCAGACUUUUUUAUGUAAUAAUGAUGUCCGCUGGAACACUGGCUGCGAGAUUAAUUUAUAUUUUAGGAUUUUGUUUCACUUUUAAAUUUGUAAUCCUUUAUAUUGUGUAUUUUCUCAUACAUUUGUGUGUUUAUGGUGUCCAUAAUCAUUGAUUACAUUAUUUAUUUAUGAUUAUUAAUACUGAAAAAGCAAUAGUAUGUGGAAGAAAGUCAGCAAAGAGCACAAACUUGUGUCAUUUUACAAAUCGUUAGUCAGGAAUGUGUUGCCUCUGUGCGAUAUUCUGCUAUCACAUCUUAACAGGGCCACACCUGGGUUGUAUUCAUUAGGCACCAAACAAUAUAAAAAAAACUGACAAACAGGGAGGGACUACCUGAAAUUGUCCAAUAAGAAAAGCUUGUUUUUGUUUUCCGGUGCAAAACGUAUUGCUACGGAGUGCUCUAAUAAAUACAACCUUGUAAAUCCAGUCUGGUAGUUUGGUAAUGCCCAGUCAAGGCAUUUCAUAUCUGCCCAUUAUGAUACAUGAGCACUGCAAGACAGCAGAGAGGCACUGAAUACAAACCAGUGCAAAUCACCAUUGUAUCUGACUUGAAGUAGUUUAGCAUUCUUUUGUUGACUGUCAUAAUCAUUGGGUUUUCAUGUUUUCUGGCUUACUACAGACUUUUAACAUCCAAAACACCAUCACAGGGAAAGAGAGACCCCUUACAGACAUGGAGUACAUAUUGGCCAUGUGUUUCAAACAGACUGAGGAUGUUAGGUUGGAGAGACACCUACUCUGCACACACUCACAUAUGGCUGCGGGGAACAGCGAUGUAUGAGUUAUGUGCGAGGUAGCAAAAGGUGUUUGGUGGAUUAGACACUCAAGUGUCAAAGAUACAGCACAGUCGGUUGUUUUUUGUCUUUGUAUUUGCGACCAAACUGCAAACCCCAAAAUGUUGACGAUUGUCACGGAAACCUCUCAGGUCAGUGUUCUUCCUGCUGUUCUUUGCAGGGCAGCGUGUGUAGUAGUGUUACUGGUGAUACGCUCAGACGCUAGAGGCCUACUGAUGGGAGCCCAAACGUGAUGUAUAUUCUCUCUUUCUCUUUCUGUGGUUGCUGGAAUCAAGCAUGCUCUGGCAAAACCUCAGUAACAGUCACUUCUGUAUCGUUACGUUCCUGAUGUUUGUAUGUGUGUGAGUACUGUAUGCGAGUGUUUCUCACCAUCCUACUAAAAAACAAACCAUUAUCUGGCAAAUAAAACAAGUGUCGACGGCAACUUUUACAUUUCAAACGUUCUAUGCAAUGAAUCAUAUUUGGGUGAAGUAAAAGAGGAAGAAACUGAAUACCACUAUCAUUGUCAUGGCUGAGACAAAUACUGCUUCCUUUUAGCAUUCCUGCUACAGAAAUAGAUUGACUUGUUUGUAAAUAGCUGUAUGUGUACGUCAGGAAUUGUGUGAAUAUGUGUACGUCAGGAAUUUGAUUCAAUGUUUCUUUAAAUUCUUUUUUUGUGGCAUGUUUCAGUCCCUUCACUGAAAAUUGGAACCGGUUGCCAACUGGUUAUCUACAUAGGCACCCUAAAAUGGCACACUAUUCCAAUUAGUGUACUAUAGGCUGGCUAUAGGGAAUAAGGUGCCAUUUUUCGAUGCAGAAUAGUGUCAAUAAAGUCUGCCAUCUUAUUGCUUCAAGCAUGGGUUGCCGGGCACAGCGAAUGGUCUUGUACGUACAGUGCUGAAGACCCCAUUUUUGUUGGACGGCCAUGGAUUCCAAUACUUGGCUGCUAGUUUGUGCACUUGUUAUUCCAUAGAAUAGAAUGAAGCUGCUAAAGACUUAAGCCAAUUAUAUGAAGAGAUUAAAUAUAUAAUUUAUAUAAAUAUGUAAAACAAAUACUAUAUGAUAAAUAUAUAUAAGACAUAUUCGAGAAAUGACAGGCCCUUUUCAUGAUCGAAGGGAAUGACCUGGUGUGUGUACACUGCCACUACCUACUAACAUACUAUGAUAUUCAAGAAGUUUGAACGUUGAUGGGAGGCUGCUUGUUUCCUUUCAGUGAGCCCACUGAAAACCAUUGUAGGCUAUACCCACUCACCAUUCAUUUGGCUUGAAAGGCUUUAGUGUGAAAAUCCCUUAACCCACAACUCACUCAGUACAGUAACUGCUGUUUCAAGUAUGGGCGAUUAUUUCAAUGUAAAAAAAUAUUUUUAUAGCAUACUUUAAUGGAAUAUCUAUACACAAAUAUUAUUGUAUCAUACAGAUAGUCAUUGGUACACUGGCGAAAUCCCUAUGAAGUUCAUGGAAUAGAAUGAUGAUCAUAUCAAUAUUGUCCUACUGUUACAAAGGCCUCCUUACAGUAGAUAUGACCGCCAUGGAAAGCACCUCACAGGCCGUUAGAACAAACUAGCGACAGAUAAAGUCACUGUCAGUGACUGGAUGAUCAGAUAUGUAAAUGAGAUAGAGAUAAUAAUGAAGUUGUAAAAAAAUAAGAGAAUCAAUACUGAUCAAAAUCCAAUUAUGACUUGUUUAUGUUUGAAAUAGUUUGUAACUGUGUUCAAUCACUUUGCCUCAGGAAAGCACACACAAAAUGCACCGUGGUGAAAUGAAAUGGGACGUUAAUAUGCAUAGUAGUAAGGGCUUAUUAUUACAAUACUGGUCAAUCAAGAAAGCCAUCUUAUUACUGUCCCAUCCAGUCCUACAUCUACUCUGGAUGGGCUUUGGACCACAGCAUUUUGCCAGGGACAAAUAAAAACCCCAUGUCUUUUUUUUACGUCAACCAAAAAUUGUGCUUUUAAAGUAGCAUAGCAACUGCGACUAUCUGCCCUUGCUGUGGGUCCUUGUGGAUGGCUACGCACAGCGAACAACAACAGGACAUUACUAUGGAUGAACAUAAUAGGGUGACAGACAAGGGAAUGCUGGAAAAAAAGCGACAAAAAAUCUUUCUCAACCAUCAGGGAGCAGUCAUCUUUCACCUUAGUGAAAAGUAACAAGUGCAUGAGCUAAUGCAGCAUAAAGCCUCUCCUUACAUCUGACAGGCAGCCAGGCAUAUUCACUGUAAAUACCAAUCAGGGUCAUAGACUGCUCUGUACAACAUGUAAAUGUCAUACUAAACACUAUCACAGGCAUGGAAAGCCACGCAGGCUGACCUUGCCAAACUUGUGCUUUUGUGAAUAAAAAUGACAAAAAAGCAUUGUGUAUGUGGCUGGCUUGUGCAGACUGUUUAAUUAAAAACAAAAAGUUGUAUUCAGAAACAUAUUGGUCUGUGUAGAGUUUCUAUACAUGUUGUGUUUGUAAAACGAGAAGAAAAAACACCUUCCUCAAAAGGGACAUCCUGGCUUCCAUUAACUGGAUGGAGGUUUGUAAAAAAGAAAAUGUAAUUGAAAAAAGCAACAGAAAAUAAAGACAGAGACCCUAAAUGAAUAAGAUGUUACAUUCACUGUUGUAAGUGCAAUGAGCUAUACUUCAUGUAUCCAUUUGAAAACCUUGUGUAUGUUUCAGUGUAUUCCUGUAAACAGUUGUAGUAGACUUGGUGCAUCAUGUCAUGUAAUGUGAUGAAUGAAAUAAUGACCUUACAAUACAUUUCAAUCAGGAAAAGAAUAAAAGAGAAAUACAAAAAAAUACUGUUGUCUGUAGGAAUCUUUCUAGAAUUACAAGCAAUACAGUCAGAUCAUUAUAGUGAGCAUUCUAUAGCCCUGUUUAUACCUGCCUCUUAACUUGCGUCCUUUGUCCUGAUUGUGCCCAUAUUUUCAGACAGUGUAGAUGAUUAAAAGCUGCAUUGUGAUCAGAUCUUCCUCGCCACCUCCGGAGGUAGUCAGGCACAAUGGGCUACGUUUACGCAGGAAGCCAAAUUC